AUGUUGAUGGCUUAUCCCAUCAGCAGUAAUGGCAGCUUCGGCGAGGUUGGAAACGUGGCAUAUCCCCAGAACGCAACUCAUCUACCUUCACUCUGCGUGGCAACAAUCAACGUCACGUCUUCGUCAACUUCCUCGUACACUUUUGGGCUGUUUCUGCCAGACGAGUGGAACCAGCGGUUCCUCGCCGUCGGUAAUGGCGGCUUCUCCGGGGGCAUUAACUGGUAUGCCAUGGGCACAGGCGCCAAGUACGGCUUCGCAACCAUCUCAACAUCGACGGGCCACAACUCGACAUCACAGGACAUGAGCUGGGCGCUCAACAAUCCCGAGACAAAAACCGACUGGGCUGGCCGUAGUCUUCACGGCUCGACGGUUCUGGCCAAAGUAAUUGUGGAAAAGUACUACGGCAGAGCGGCUGACAAGUCCUACUAUUCUGGGUGCUCGACAGGAGGGCGGCAGGGCGUUAAGUCGGCGCAGGACCACCCCGAAGAUUUUGACGGCAUUAUCGCUGGCGCGCCGGCGUGGAUGUCUACGAGCCAGCAGUUGUGGCAACUCAAAGUCGGCGCCAUUAACCUGCCGGAGGACGGGCCCGGGUACCUCCCGGAGACUAUGUUCGAGGUCAUCGGCGAAGAAGUCUUGCGGCAGUGUGAUGCGUCUGAUGGCAUCGCUGACGGCAUUAUCAUGGAUCCCAAGCACUGCAGCUUCCGGCCAGAGAAGCUGAUCUGCACGGCCAGCUCGGCCAACCGAUCAGCAUGUCUCACGGCGCCACAGAUUUCGACCCUCAAGCAGCUAUAUUUGCCCCCAAUCCAGCUGGAUGCAAAUGUUCACAAUCUGACAUACAUCUAUCCCAACUUCGGCCUUGGGUCAGAGGUCCAGAUGCCGUCUUCAUUCGGUUCCAACAAUGAGCCGAGUUUGUACGAGACAGACUACGCAAAGAACUACCUAUUUGACGAUCUGGAUUGGGACUGGAAGGCCAGCUUCAACUACUCGACGUUUGUCGAAGCAGCAAGGCUCAACCCUGGGGACGUCAACGCGAACAAUUUCAACCUAUCAUCGUUUCACGGACGCGGCGGUAAGCUGAUCCAAUACCACGGCUACGCGGAUGGUCUCAUCCCUACGGAUGUCAGCCGGGUCCUUUACGACGAGACGUGGAUGACGAUGGCGGAACAAGGCGUGGAAUUGGACGCAUUUUACCGUCUCUUCUUUGUGCCGGGCAUGCAGCACUGCUCAGGGAGUGUGUACAACGCGCCGUGGUAUUUUGGGGGCAGUGAGCACUCGUCCAACUUGGAGGUAAACGGACAACACGCAUUUCCAGUGCCUGGACUUAACGAUACGCAGCACGAUGCGCUGCUUGCGCUGGUUGCGUGGGUAGAGGGUGGGCAAGGGGUAGACGAGCUUGUAGCCACCAAGUACGCCAAUGACACAGUUGGCAAUGGUAUCUUGCGGCAGCGUCCGAUCUGUAAGUACCCUGGCCAUGCAUCGUGGGAUGGCAAGGGAGAUGUAAAUUCGGCGUCAAGCUGGAGUUGUGUUGGCUACAACUCUUGA